GGUGGGAUGAAGGAAGGCCCUCGGACCAUGUAAAGUCUAGUGGGUGGGAUGAAAGUGGUGUGAGAAAAGAUACUGCUGUCACAGUUCUUACAGAUAGGACCAAUGAAAGAUUGGACCAUAGUUUUGAAAAUGAGAGCAGAGCCUGGGGAAGCACAGAACCACAUUAUAUGAAUUCUGACGGAGAGAGAGGUGUUUCUCCUCACGGAGGGAAUGCUGGUAAUCUUAAUGCUUUGAACAUUUCAGAACCUUCAGUUAUGCAAAAGCUUACAAAUGCUCAAGCUAUUCAUCUCACUUCUCAAGCUUCUGAUCAAAAUAUGGAGAGAACUUCGGCACAUGUCCUUGGACAUAAUUCAAAUCCAGAAGCUUCAGGCAUCAUUCUUUCUGCCACAGCCACUCAGCCUUAUGGAUCUGCUAGUUCUUAUAUUCAGCCACAGGGGCUGACAGAAGAUAGCUUUGCCAGAACACUUGGCUCUAAUGCACUAAAUGAAUUUAUGCAUGCUAGAGAUGGUCUUCAUCAAGUUCAUUUGCCUGGACAGAGCUUCAGUGGUACAGGUAUUGGUAUGAGCUCUGAACAUUCUGCAGCUCUGAAUGGAACACACCAAGAACCGAAUGUGUUCAUACCUAUCCCAUCAACUGGACACAAUAAGAGAGAAGCACCCAGCACACCCGAGAUGCUGGAAUUCAAAGUCCCUCAAAAUAUUUCCUGUACUGUUACUGGUGAGCAAGUACACCAAAUGAAAACCUCUCCAACGUCUAUGAUAAAGAAAUUUGAGGAAGAACUGCAAGAAGCCCAACUGCAAAGAGUCUUAAAUCCCUCUGAUCCUUCAGGAAUGCUAGCUUCACAUCCGAUUUCUUCACUUGUUAAUGCUAUAUAUGGUCAGACCAAUCUGGAGAUGAGGGGUCCAAAUAACUACCAUCCUGCAGAUGGCGUAGACAACUUUAAGAUGCCCCCCGACAACUCGUCUUAUUUGGAUAGAGAGAGUAAUAAGGUUCCGGAGGAGCAAAUGAAUCAAUCAUCUACUGUUGAUCCUGAACCUGGAAAUAAAGAUCAAAUCGAUGAUGUGAAGCAGCAGGAGAAUAAAUUAGUUGAAGUCAAUGGAAAAGACAAAUUAGCUCCCGAGGAGUCCAAGGAUGGGCAAGAAAAUGAUCAUCCAGGAGAUAUGAAUAUGCAUGGGAAGGUUGAGGAGGGAAGUGGUAACAAAGAUGAAAAAACGAUGCGUUUAUUCAAAAAUGCUCUAAUAGAGUUUGUUAAGGAGAUCCUAAAGCCCACUUGGAAAGAAGGUAAGAUGAGCAGGGAAGUUCACAAAACAGUUGUUAAGAAGGUGGUUGAUAAGGUGACUAGUACAACUCAAGGAGAACAUGUCCCUAAGACACAAGAGAAAAUAGAGCAAUAUCUGUCCUAUUCAAAAGCUAAAAUUACCAAACUUGUACAGGCAUAUGUGGAGCGACUUCUGAAGAAUGAAGCUUGAGAUGCCAUGUUUAUACUUGCUCUUCCUUUUCUCUUCUAGAAAAAUCAAAUUCAAUAGGGAUUUGAUUUUCCAACAUGUACUGAAGGUUUAGCUGUGUUAGUUUGGUCUGGUGAAGUCAAAUCUGCUCAUGGUUUCCACUAGCUGGAUAGAUUCGGUUUUGCAAGCAGAAUAUCUGUUAUUCCUACCAUUUAUUUCCGGAUUUAUCCUUGUUUGAGCAUUAUAUGUAAUGGGCCUUUCCGCUGAUUUCUCGCUUACAUUAUCUUGUUACUUUUCUUGUUGAUCGUCAUAGUUUAAUUUCUUUAUAAUU